CCGACAGAGGGCAGCACCGAAUUUAUUAACGACCUUUUCGCUCUUGCCGGCUGCUCUCACCUCGUCGGCGUGUGAAUGGCCGCCGAAUAGAAAGUGUUGCUUUUCUGGAAUAAAAUGUCUCUCUACGACGACCUGGGCGUGGCGACCAGCGAUGCCAAGACCGAAGGCUGGUCCAAGAAUUUCAAGCUGCUGCAGUCACAACUGCAGGUGAAGAAAGCAGCCCUUACCCAGGCCAAGAGUCAGAGGUCGAAGCAGGCGACUGUCCUUGCACCAGUGAUUGACCUAAAGCGAGGAAACACCAGUGAUGACAGACAGAUCUCAGACACGCCCCCGCACGCUGCUACAGGGCUCAAGGACCCAGCUCCGGGGGGCUUUUCCUCCGGCGACGUGCUCAUCCCAUUGGCUGACGAGUAUGACCCCAUGUUCCCCAAUGAGUAUGACAAGGUGGUGAAGCGGCAGCGAGAAGAGAGGCAACGCCAGCGGGAGCAGGAGCGUCAGAAAGAGAUCGAGGAGAGGGAGAAGAAACGGAAGGAUCGACAGGAAGGGGGUGUCCCCAGCGGAUUCUCCAGCUUCCCCGCAGAUGGCGAAUCUGAUGAAGAGGAGGAUUACGAGAAGGAGAGGAGGAAGCGAGCUGUAGGGGGAGCUGCGAUCGCCCCGCCGACCUCGCUGGUGGAGAAGGACCGAGAGCAAUUUGCAACCACGUACCCUUACGAUGACGACGGCCGGCCUCGCACCCACUCAUCAAAGGCCGCCAUCCCCCCCCCCAUGUAUGAGGAUUCAGAUCGCCCCCGCUCUCCACCCGGUCCCACCAGCUCCUUCCUGGCUAACAUGGGUGGGACAGUGGCACAUAAGAUCAUGCAGAAGUAUGGCUUCCGUGAGGGUCAGGGCCUGGGCAAGCAUGAGCAGGGUCUCAGCACUGCCUUGUCUGUGGAGAAGACCAGCAAGAGAGGCGGCAAGAUCAUCAUCGGAGACCUGACAGAAAAGGCAGGAGCCAAUCAGACGUCCGGGGGGGAUUCUCCAAGUUGGGUGGCUGCUGCUGCAGGGGAUUCCGGCAAGAAGCCGGAGAGCAACCCUCUGACGGAGAUCCUCAAGUGCCCGACUAAAGUUGUCCUUUUGCGGAACAUGGUAGGAAGGGGGGAGGUGGACGAGGACCUGGAAGCCGAAACUAAGGAGGAGUGUGAGAAGUACGGGAAAGUGACCAAGUGUGUCAUCUUUGAGAUCUCGGACACGACGGACGACGAGGCCGUCAGGAUAUUCCUGGAGUUUGAGAGGGUGGAGUCGGCUAUCAAAGCCGUCGUGGACCUGAACGGGCGCUACUUCGGCGGACGGGUGGUGAAGGCCUGCUUCUACACCCUGGACAAGUUCCGGGUACUGGACCUGGGGGAACAGGUGUGAGGCGGGCCUGAAAUAUCCGGGGAAAUACCAACGAAGGAGAACAAGUUCUGAUGUAGGGUAGGCCCCAGGCCCGCGGAGCCCUCGUCUGCGUCAUCUGCUUCAAGGUAGGCGCAGAGGCUCAUGGGAGACGUCGCGUUCCUGCUCCUAAAAUACGUGGAGUUCAUUGUACUGGGUCAGGAGAAAUCUUGCACUGCUCUUCUGCUUUUGGUUACAGACUGUCCCAAGCGUUAUGUAAGUGUGCCGGCUGCUGAUGAAGUCCUCCCCUGGGUGGGGGAAGUGUCUGUGAUGACUACUGAGCCAAUCAGAAGGCAGUGAUAGAUUACCAGACCGCCAUGGGUUACCAAACACGCCGCAGUAUCCCUGUGGCAAAAUGUUAUCAGGCAAACAUUGUCUAAUUACUAUUGUCUAACUACAUUAUCUCAAAGCAGUCGGCAUUAUCCCAACCUAGUGCCCCCAAAGGUUGAGCCAAAUGCAACAAGUAUGUAAGUUAUGAAGUUUUCACGUUUGGACAAUAAACCACAUCAAUGAAAACCAAA